AUGUUCCAGCUGCCGCUGCUCAACUUCAGCCCGGCGCAAGUGGCCGGCGUGUGCGAGACGCUGGAGGAGAGCGGCGACGUGGAGCGCCUGGGGCGCUUCCUGUGGUCGCUGCCGGUGGCGCCGGCCGCCUGCGAGGCGCUGCACAGGAACGAGUCGGUGCUGCGGGCCCGCGCCGUGGUGGCCUUCCACGGCGGCAACUACCGCGAGCUCUACCACAUCCUGGAGAGCCACAAGUUCCCCAAGGAGUCGCACGCCAAGCUGCAGGCCCUCUGGCUGGAGGCCCACUACCAGGAGGCCGAGAAGCUGCGCGGCCGCCCGCUGGGCCCGGUCGACAAGUACCGCGUGCGCAAGAAGUUCCCGCUGCCGCGCACCAUCUGGGACGGCGAGCAGAAGACGCACUGCUUCAAGGAGCGCACGCGGCACCUGCUGCGCGAGUGGUACCUGCAGGACCCCUACCCCAACCCGGCCAAGAAGCGCGAGCUGGCCCAGGCCACCGGCCUCACCCCCACCCAGGUGGGCAACUGGUUCAAGAACCGCCGCCAGAGGGACCGCGCCGCCGCCGCCAAGAACAGGCUGCAGCAGCAGGUCCUGUCGUCGCAGGGCACCGGCCGGUCGCUGCCCUCGGAGGAGGAGAGCGCGGGCGAGCCGCCCCUGCUGGGCGCCGCCUCCAGCCCGGCCGCCAGCCUGUCCAGCAAAGCCGCCGCCUCCUCGGCCAUCUCCAUCACCUCCAGCGACAGCGAGGGCGACCUGUGA